GUGGCCAAAAUGGCGGCGUUCAGUGGGGAGCGUUGGAGAAGCGAGUUACCUGGACAUAAAAUCUUUAUUAAAUUGCGAGAGAAGCUUAAUUCAGAGCCCCAAGCAGGGGGUAGAAAGCCUGCCAAAAACCUAACUUUCUGCUUGAACGGGGAUUUUUUCGUAUGGGACGACGAUGACAGUGUAUUUUACACAACGAACCUGAGGAAGUUGAACUCAGAAGAGAGCUUGGACAGCUUCGCGUACCAGACUCUGCUGUGCAUCAACCCGCCGCGGUUUGAAGUGUGCCAGGUGUUGCUCAGCCCCACCCAGUACCACGUGGCUCUGAUUGGCCAUCGGGGUGCCACCGUUCUGGAACUGCCACAGCGGUGGGGCAAGAAGUCCGAGUUUGAGGGUGGGAGGAGCCAGAUCAACUGCAAGACGAUCCCCGUGGCGGAGCGCUUCUUCACCAGCUCCACCUCGGUGACCCUGAGGCACGCGGCCUGGUACCCCAGCGAGACGGAGGAGCCCCAUCUGGUGCUGCUGACUUCUGACAACACCCUCAGAUUUUACAAUUUGAAAGAGCCUCACAUUCCAGCCAGAGUGCUGUCUGUAUCGCAGUCAGAAGAGGACAGUGCAGUUCACACACGAGGUCGCUCCUAUGCUGCCUCUCUCGGGGAGAUCGCCGUGGCGUUCGACUUUGGGCCUGCAGCAGGCGCUCCCCAGCAACUUUUGGGCCAGCGGACGAAGGAGGAGGUGCUGGCGUACCCCCUCUACGUCCUGUAUGAGAAUGGAGAAACCUACCUGAUCUAUACAAGUCUGACGCACAGCGGUGGCAGCCUGGGGAGGCUCCUUGGCCCUUUGCCCAUGUACCCCGCUGCAGAGGACAACUACGGCUACGACGCCUGCGCCGUGCUCUGCCUGAGCUGCGUGCCCAACAUCCUGGUCAUCGCCACGGAGACUGGCACACUGUACCACUGCGUUGUCUUGGAGGCGGAGGAAGAGGAGGAGUCUGGGGCUGUGGAGAGGUGGACGCGGGGCUCGGAGGCCGUCCCCUCGCUCUACGUGUUUGAGUGCGUGGAGCUGGAGCUGACCCUCAAACUGGCCGCAGGGGAGGAGGAGGAGCCUGUGGAGUCUGAUUUCACCUGUCCAAUCAGAUUACACCGAGACCCCCUGUGCCAGCACAGAUACCACUGCACACAUGAGGCAGGCGUGCACAGCGUAGGCCUCACCUGGUUCAACAAACUGCACAAGUUCCUCCAGUCAGAUGAGGAGGAUAAGGACAGCCUGCAGGAGCUGGCGGCCGAGCAGCGCUGCAUUGUGGAGCACAUCCUUUGCACCAGGCCCCUCAGCAGCAGCUUGUCAGCGCCUGUCCGUGGGUUUUGGAUCGUGUCUGACCUAUCGCUGGGAGCUACCAUGAUCUGCCUCACCAGCGCCUACGAAUGUCUCCUGCUCCCUCUGCUGAGUUCCAUUCGCCCACCCUCCCCUCCGCUGCUGUGUUCCCACCCGGGGGUGGGGCCUGGCAGCUCUCCGCUGCGCAGAUUGGCCGACGACCCGUUCGAACAGCACAUCCGCAACAUUUUGGCACGCAGCUCGACCAAUCCGCUGCUUCUGAAGGCAGGUGACAAGGACUCGUCCUCACCUCCCCCUGAGUGCCUCCAACUCCUGAGCAGGGCCACCCAGGUGUUUCGGGAAGAGUACAUCCUCAAACAAGACAUGGCACGGGAGGAGAUGCAGAGGAGAGUGAAACUCUUGACUGGGCAGAAGAACAAGCAGUUGGAGGACCUGGCUCUGUGCAGGGAGGAGAGGAAGAGCCUGCGAGAAGCUGCAGAGCGGCUGGCUGACAAGUACGAAGACGCCAAGUAUCGCCAGGAAGCCAUCAUGAACAGGGUGAAGCAGGUCCUGGGAAGCCUGCGCAGCCAGCUGCCAGUGCUGUCGGACAGCGAGAAGGAGAUGAAGAAAGAGCUGCAGACCAUCAGCGACCAGCUGCGACACCUGGGCAAUGGCAUCAAACAGGUCAACAUGAAGAUGGAAUAUCAGAAGAAGCAGAUGGAGAAAGGAGCGUCCCCUGCCAAGGCCAGCAUCGUGCUCAGCGCCCACCAGAGGAAGUGCGUCCAAGGGGUCCUUAAAGAGCAGGGAGAGCACAUCGCAGAUAUGAUGAAGCAAAUCAAAGACAUCAAGAACCACUUCAGCUUCUGAGAGAGGCGCGACUCGGGGCCCGCGCCUCCGCGCACGGCAUCCUUCGUCUCACACAAACCGAAUGCAGCCCGGCAGGGAACCGGCUCCUGUCGCACGUUGUGAAGUCAGCUGAGAAAUCGCUCACUGCUUGUUAUCUCACCCAGUUUGACAAACAAAUUUGGCUCAAUGGUAUCCUUUUUGGUGGUUGCUCGUUAGGCUCAGUCUGUAUUUUAUUACCUUCACCCAACAAAUAUUGGUACUUUCUGGAAGGAAAACGUCUGAAGAGAAGUUAAUCUGCCAGUGGUGCAAAGAUGAGAGAUGCACUUGGCAUGGAGAAAUACAAAACUUCAAGCAAAAUGUUUUUGUAUUCCCACAUC